GAUGUUCUUGUAUUGUAGAUCAUAUAUUCCCAAAUAUAGUGCAAGUCAAGUCAUUAAGAAUGCCAUUUAAAGAAGAAAAGGUAAUCUUUUAUUAAGAAAUAGAACGAAAAAAUGUUAUGUAAGAGCAUUUAGAGAGAUUGGCUAAUAAAUUGGAAUAUAAAGUGUAUCCAUAUCACAUUACUCACUAUGAUCCAGCACAUCCUGAUUACAUUCCAGCAUAAAGACAGGAUUACAAACAAAGAUUAACUGUUGACACUCACAAUAUGCUUGUGGAUGGAGUUAAAAGAGAUGUAGCCAUGUAAAGAUAAGUGGAUGAAGCUAUCAAGAAUUUGGAUAGACCAUACUUAAAAGGCAAACCAGGAGUCACUAAAAAUAUUACUGGUGGCCUUAGAGAUUAUUUCCCUAUUGAAAUACCAUAUGCAUAAACAGGAAAUCUUGAGAAUGAAGAAUUAGAAUAUGAAAAUGUGUUUAGAAAUGAAAAAAGAUGGAUUGCUUAAACUAUAUAUCCAAAUGAAAAAACUGAAAGCUAAAAGAGACAUGAAAAAGAAUUGGAAUCUAGACCUGUUACUAGAAAAUUCCAUCCAGAUAAAGGAUCUAAAUAUGAUGUUGAAACACCUUAUCAUUUAAGAUUCCCAUAUUUAGCUGAUAGAUUGGGACAUCCAGAAUUCUUAGCUAAUCCUUUCUAAAGAUUAUUUAGAUUAGAAAGUGAUAUGUAUCAUCCAAGUUAUAAUGAUUAACCAUUUGUUUAACAUCCAUCAGCAGAUCCAGAUCCAACUUUGAAUUUCUAAGAAGGAGAAGUUAUCUAUGAAAAUACAAGGUUAUAAGAAUGGUUAAAAUUUGUAUGGUGGACUGGAACAUUCAGUUUUGCUUGGAUUUGUUGGGUAUUACCAUAUAACAUUGUUUAUAAAACAAAUCUUAUGUUUGAUCAUUAAAUUGAUGCUUCAUUCUAUCCUUAUCAUUUAUAAUCAAUCUAUAAUAUGGAUUAUAUGAGAAUAAAUGUAUUAGCUGCUACUGCUGCUUCAGCCUAUUUAUGGUAUUUCCAUCAUAUGUCUAUGAAUGAUAUUGGAAGAAAUUAUGUUACUAAAGUUUAAUACAAUUAAGAUAAGGAAUUAAUAUUUGUCACUAGAAUGGGAUCAUUUGGUGUUAUUAGAGAAGAUGUAUUUGAAACUCAUCAUCUUGAAGUAUUGCCAUAUUAUACUAAAUCUGGUGUAUAGAAUAUGAGAUAAAAUGUACAUAUUAAUUUAAUCAUUUAAUAUAGGAUUUAGGAAUGUAUGAAUUGUCAUGUUUGAAUAAAUAAGAAUUAAUGUAUUUAUAUAAAGAAGAUGCAUUCUGGAAUCCUAAAUUAAAAACAUAAUUCCUCUCAAAUCAUACUCAAUUAAUAUCCAAAUAAUACUUUGGAUUAAAGAGGUAAUAUUUUAUUUUUAAAUAAUAUUUUUAGAAAUGAAGAAGAAGAAUAUCAGAAGACUUAAACUAUAGGAGAAUUGCCCUUAAAAGAUUUACCUGCACCUUGAA